AUGGAGAUGGAGCAAGAGAUGGAUGAAGAGAUGGAGCAUGAGCUGUUCGAACAGGAUCAGUUUCAAGAGCCAGAGGAUCAGUUUCAUGAGGCAGAGCCUCCACAAGAGGCAGAGUUUGGCCAAGGGCCGAGGGCCUGUCUAAGUUUGAGCAGCCAAGAGAAAAAUCUUAUUGUGCAGUUCCUUCAACAGCAAUGCCGUGCUGGAGCACUGCCACAUGGUUCACUCAUGGCAGCUGCAACAAAAUUCAGAGUGCAUCCAAGGACAGUCAGCUGCUUGUGGCGGAUAGCCACUCAUCAAAUUGAACAAGGCCAACCUGUUGUCAUGAAAGGCAAAGCAUCAGGUUAUACUAAGAAAAAAGGUCAAGUAAAUCUUGAUGAAGACAAGUUUAGACACUUGUCUAUGCUUGAGAGAUCCUCCAUUGGAAAACUUGCUAUUAAGAUGGAUGUUAGCAAGUCCACAGCUGGCAGAUGGGUGAAGGGAAACAAAAUCAGACCACAUACAAAUGCCAUCAAGCUUGCACUUACUGAUGUGAACAAAAUCACAAGAAUGAGAUGGAGUCUUAGUCAUAUUCAGCCAACCAUAUCUGAAGGAAAGCUAACCUAUCAUGCAAUGCACAACAUUGUUCACAUUGAUGAGAAAUGGUUCUACAUGACAAAGUCUUCAGACAGAUACUACCUGUUGCCAGAGGAGGAUGAACCUUACAGGUCUUGUAAGUCAAAAAGAUUCAUCACUAAAGUGAUGUUCAUGUGUGCUGUCAGUAGGCCAAUGUUUGGCAGUGAUGGGCAGCCCAUCUUUGAUGGUAAAAUAGGCAUAUUUCCAUUCAGACAACAAGUGCCAGCCAUGAGGAAGUCAAAGAAUAGGCCAAGAGGGACACUACAGACAAAGCCUAUCCCAUCAGUUAACAAAGAAGCCAUGAGAGAAUGCCUUCUUAAUCAGAUUAUACCAACAAUCAAGGCAAAGUGGCCAGCCAGUGCAAACAAGGAGAUAUACAUCCAACAAGAUAAUGCCAAACCCCACUUGAAAUCCUCUGACUUACAAUUUGAGGCUAUUGCAAAUGAAUUGUUGGCAAAUGUUUGGAGUUCUUUUGAGGAACUCACACCACAAACUGUGAACAAGGUUUUCCUAACAUUGCAAAGCUGUUUAACCAAGAUCCUAGAAGUCCAUGGGGGAAACAACUACAAAAUACCCCACUUGAACAAAGAUAGGUUGAGUAGGCCAGUUGGGCUGCCUACCUCACUUAAGGUUGAAGAGAAUCUGAUUAGGGACGGCUUGGAGUAUCUUCAACUUUCUCAGAAUGAUGUGGGUGGAUCAUAUGAAAUAGAACAUCUAAUCAGUGUGUUGGGAUAG